UCACAAUCGCAGCCCCAGGCAAAGCCCUCAUUGACCACAAAGCAUAUGAGCUAGUGGCUAAAGGUGUCUACGGCAUCGACCUGUUUCAUGUUGUAAUUCGAGGACUUUCGUUUAUUGGCAACAAUAAUGGUCAGCACAACAUUGACAACAUUGGCUGCUGGACAAACAACUAGUAGCAAUAAUCAUCAUCACCACCACCAUCAUCACCACCAGCAGCAGCAGCAGCAGCAGCAGCAACUGCAACAGCAGCAACAGUUGCCCUACCAGCGACUGCCGCCACACGCCACAGCUUCCACAGGGGCAGCAGGAUCACUGGCAGCAACCGGCAACCCGUCCCGCAGCUUCUAUGCGCUGAACGGUCUGGAGCACGACUGCGACGGCAACAGCAGCAGCAACAACUAUCCGCAGCAGCAGCAGUCCUCUUCUCCGCUAAACGAUCAGAUCAGCCUGCUCUUCCCGAAGUGCCGGCCCAAGCAGCAGCAGCAGCAGCAGCAGCAACACCAGCAGCAGCGACAUGAGCUCCACACGGAUGUGAAUCUUAACAGAAGCAGCAGCCCCACCACUGUAGCAGCCCCUGCGGCCACGGAUCCCGCUGCCACGCAGAGCAGCACGCCCAGCUACUACAAGAGCGUCAACAUCAUAACACAGUCGCCGCCGCCGCACUCGGCCUCGUCACACUCCUCGGAGUCGCUCUCCUCGGUGACGCCGCGUAUAUCCACAAAUCCGUUCCUGUGCGCCCCACUGACACCGCCCACACCGCCGCCACCGCCGCUGCACAGCUCUGCCGCACUUCCAGUCGAGGGUGAGGGUGAGGGUGAAUCGGAGGGAUCCAGAGACGGAUCCAGAGACGGCGUUGCUGCUGGUGGAGCGGGUGCCGGAGCUGAAGAGGAAGUAGACGAGACCGUCCUGGCGGCAGGCUAUCCGGCCUCCUUUUACUACCACACGGGCGAGACCAGGCGUGGCCAGAGCACCUACCCCGAGAUGCCGCGCAAACGGAGCACAGGCCUGCCCACCAGCGCCAGUGCAAGCGCCAUCAGCAGCAGGCAGCAAUCACUGCACAACGGCGGCAGCAACGUGAACGGAACUGCCAGCAAUGGCAAUACUCAGAGUCAGGUGCAGAGCCAGAGCCAGAGCCAGAAUCCCUUCAUCAAGGAGAACUAUUGGGAGACAGCUCCCAUGCGAGCCAGUUCCCUGCUGCACUCUCCGACGGAGUACGCGGAGUACGCGGAGGAGCAGCAGCAGCAGCAUCAACAGCAGCAACAGCAGCAACAUCUGCAAGCCUCCGCCCGGCGGGCAUACCACCAACAGCGGGAGCAGAUGGCCACACAGCUGUACGGCUUGGCCCAGCGACAGCCAACACAGCAGCCGCCGGCGCACAUCCUCCGUGUCGGACGGAGCCCGAUCAACCGCAGCUACACGGCAUCCCAGCAGCAGCAGCCGCAGCAGCAGCAGCAAUCCGUAAACAAUGCCUGUGCGGACGGACUGACCCCACUGGCCAGCCACUAUCUAUACGGAAGCAAGUCCUCUUUGGAUCAACACGGGGCCGGGGACUGGGAGCCGCGGGAGCAGCGCAAACUGAGGAUGCGCGAGGAGCGGGAACGGGAGAGGGAGAUCCUGUUGCUUGAGCAGGAGGUGCUGGCGGCACGGGAAAACCACCUGACCCACUUGACGGGGCAGCAGCAGCAGCGCAAGCGGCAUGGACACGGCGAGGACAGGGAGCGUGAGAGGGAGCGCGAUCAUCGUCUGGUCAAUGGUAGCGCAGCAGGCAAUGAGGGUGUCUACGGAUCGGCGGAUCCCGGCGACAGCUGGCAGCAUCUGCGCGUUACAACCGAAGGGAUUGUGGCCGAGGAAAGCAGCUGCAAGCAUCCCAGCAAGCUGAUAGAGAAGAGCCUGCCCAUGCCACAGUCGCAGUCCCAAUCGCAGUCCCAGUCGCAGUCGCAGUCCCAGUCGCAGUUGCAGCUGCAGUUGCAAUCCGGCCUAAGGAGCCUUGAGGAGGCAGCCAUGUAUCGGGAGCACAAGCUAGAUGCUUGGCAACUGGAGCGCAACUACACGCUGGCCGUGGAGUCGCGUCACGGCAUUAUAGAAUACGAAGGCUCUCCCCGGCGCAUUGGUGGCUGGGGGGCAGUGACUGCAGCAGCGGCAGCCUCGGCAGCGGACGAAAGCGAACCACCAGCAACUGCGGCAGCAGCAGCAGCACCGCAGCAGCAGCUUCCCAUGGCCGCUGUGCCACCGUUGAGCUCAACUGCCACCUCGCUGCAGAGAACGGCGGCCCGGGCAGCCCUUGCCGCACUGGCCCAGACCCAGAACCACAUUCAGAACCCCUCGCAGGCGCCACAACCACCGCAGCAAUUGCAGGCCUAUCCUGUGCGCCCGGGCUUUCCACAGCGCAUCCUUUCGCCGCCUCAUCGCGAGCCCCGCAGCUGCUCCCCUCAGCCGCCGCAGCACGCGGCACCACAGCACCACACGAGCAUGAUGAGCAACCACAGCAACAACCACACGAACACCAACAAACUACAGCAGCCGGUGAGCAGCGACACCAAUGCGGAGGACACCAGCAACGAUGUGUCCGAAAUUGGCACCAUCUCCGACCUGACCACGCCUGAAGCGGUGGCCAACGAGGUGGCCAGCAGGUCGGCCACGCCACCAAUGCACACAACACCAGCACCAGCACCAGCACCAGUACCAGCACCACCGACAGCGUGCUGCUCAACAACAGGAGCAGGAGCAGGGGCAGGGGCAGGGGCAGGAGCGGGACCAGGACCUGGAGUUGGAGUUGGACCACUGAGCCUCCACACAAAAUCAUCGACCUUUGAUUACCUCUACGAGUUCUCGGAGACGCGCAAGGUGCUGGAGGAGUUCUUCAAGUGCCCCUCGACCGACGAGCAGCCCAUCAUGGAGAACGGCAGCGAUGUGGACAGCAUUGACAUACAGUACGAGUUCCACAGCAACUUUGAGCGCGACGAGGAGGAGCUGGUCGAAGAUGAGGAGGAGGACGAUGACGUGGACGUCGACGGGGACGGGGACGACGAGGAGAACGAUGAGGCAGAGGACGAGGACGAGCACAUCGCGCAGGACCAGGAGCACGACGAGGUUCAGGACCACGACCAGGACCGGGACUAUCGCCAGCAGCAGCAGCAAGCCCCCUCCUCAGACCUGUCCCGAGACGUAGAGCGUCAUGUCUACGGGGGAUACACCCAGCCGCAGAUGCAGCAGAGUCAGCCCAUGCCCGUGGGAGUAGGCAUGGGCGUGGGCGUGGGCGUGGGCGUCUCGGGACGUAGGCCACACUACAGCAGCGGCAGCCCCCUGAUGCGGGACUUUGACUUCUUCCUGGACUCUGCCAGCCGGAGCAGCGGCGAACGGGACGGUGAGCAGGAUGGCCUCAACCACAAUCAACUGCUGAGCACCGGAAGCGGCAGUGGGCUCGGCCAGAGCGUGGGUGUGGGCGUCGGCCCGGCCGGGGGCCACAACUACCGCUACUCGCCGGAGACCACCGACUACGACUCCAACUGUGGCGAUCUGGACAGUCUUUCUGGGGAGAUGAACGGAGGCGUGUCGACCUCGUGCUCGAACUACGCCAAGUACUAUGCCUCCGCCAUGCCCGUGCUGGAGGACGGACUCUCCUCGGGCCACACCAGCGACACCGAGAACAACAACAAUAAGAACCUGCAGCAGGCCGGCGUCCAGGGGGGCCCGGGCCAGGGUCAGUGCCCAAACAGCCUGAGUGCCAGCACCAGCAUCGGUGGCAGCGGCGGCAUCUCCAUGCUGAUGGACAUGAAGCGCCUAUCCACCAACAACAGCCUCAACAGCAUGCACAACCUGACCACCGCCUCCACCACGGACAGCAACGGCGGCCACGGCCACCUCGUCAACAGUCCCAGUCCCAGCAAUGGGCUCGCCAAGCAGCCACCGCCGAUGCCACAGCCCCGGGAGCUGCUCGGCCAGAGUCCCAGCCAGACCCAGAGCCACAGCCACAGCCAGAACAAAGUGUUCAAGAACAUCGAUCCCGACCUGGACUCGCUCUAUUCGAUCAGUGUUUUCCAUCGACCGGACACGGUGCAGAUGACGCCGCCGCCGCCGGCUCCAGCGCCGCAUCGCAAGCCCAAUAGCAGUAGCGCAGCAGAUGUCGAUCUGCUGCAGCCGAGCAGCAAGCACACGCCCCUGGCGUCGGCCAUCAGCUCAACGCUGCAGCGCAGCUCCCCCACCACCCCGUCGGGCAGUGGUGGUUUGGGGUCAGGCCCGGGUAAGCCCAGGAGUGCGGGGAGCAACGGUAGCAGCAAUGGAACCGGAACCGGAACCGGAACCGGAACCGGAAACGGCAACGGAGUGUUGGGAGGCGUACCGCCGCCGAUUCCGGAAAGAAGCAGCUUGAUGACGGCGCAGCAGCGAUCGCCUUCGCCGGUGAUAAGCUCGCCCGUGUGGCUGUCCCGGCACCUGGACGGUGGUGUCGGCAAGGGGCUGCUCGAGUCCGGGUCGGACAACCAUUCGAAGAACCACAGUGCGGACGAGGACGAUGUGGACACUGACCUGGAGACGGACCGCCUGCUGGGACACCAGCGGCUGGACGACCAGGGCUACUACGACGAGAACAAAAGCUGGGACCGCAAGCCGCGCUCCUCGCUGCUCUCGAAAAUCUCACCCAAGCAGCAAAUGCCCAGCACGAAGACGCGGAAUGGCUACAACGCUCUGCUCAGCUCCACGCCGGAGCUGCUGCCGCCACCACCCAUACCCCCAAAGAGCUCCUCCGGCAGCGGCGGCAAGCUGCUCGACCUCGUCGGGGGCAUGGUCCAGCGCAGCAUAUCACGCAGCUCCUCGGAGCACAGCGAGAAAUCGCCCAGCAAGAUGCAGUUGCAGGCCCAGCAGUCCGGGUCGACCGUUGGCGAUCCUGUGGAUGUGGUGGCCUCGGCCGUGGUGGCUGCCUCGGUGGCAUCGGCUCCGCCCUUGGAAAGUCCCGGCAACGGCGGCGGAUCCGACCGUUCCGUAAACGGUGGCGGAGGUGGCGGCAUCAUCAAGCUGGAGGCGGAGAACGGCAGUCUCAACGGAGGAAUCAACAUCACAGCAGCAGUGGCCGGAGGAGCAGGAGCAGGAGCUGGGAGCAGUGUGGCCAAUCCCGGAGCCGUGACCACCGCAGUGAAUGCUGGCAGCAACAACAGCAGCGGCAGCGGCGCCGGCAGCAACAGCAACAGCGGCUGCGGCAGCGGCAGCGGCGAGAAAAAAGUGAAAAAGAGUAAGAGCAAAGAAGGCGGCGCAGUGCUAAUCGAGGGCGUCCUCUUCAGGGCCAAGUACUUGGGCUCCACGCAGCUGGUCUGCGAGGGUCAGCCCACAAAGUCGACGCGCAUGAUGCAGGCCGAGGAGGCCGUCUCCCGUAUCAAGGCCCUGGCACCCGAUGGCGAUGUCCAGCCCAGCACCGAAGUGGAUCUAUUUAUAUCAACGGAGAAGAUCAUGGUGCUGAACACCGACUUGAAGGAGAUCAUGAUGGAUCACGCACUGCGCACGAUCUCCUAUAUAGCGGACAUUGGGGAUCUGGUGGUGCUGAUGGCUCGACGCCGCUUUGUGCCGCAGGACAUCGACGAUGCUCCCAAGCCGAACCGUACGCCCAAGAUGAUCUGUCACGUGUUUGAGAGCGACGAAGCGCAGUUCAUUGCCCAGUCCAUAGGCCAGGCCUUCCAGGUGGCCUACAUGGAGUUCCUCAAGGCCAACGGCAUCGAAGACCAUCGAUUCGUCAAGGAGAUGGACUACCAGGAGGUGCUUAACAGCCAGGAGAUCUUUGGCGACGAGCUCGAGAUCUUUGCCAAGAAGGAGCUGCAAAAGGAGGUCGUUGUGCCCAAGGCCAAGGGCGAGAUCCUCGGUGUGGUCAUUGUCGAGAGCGGCUGGGGCUCCAUGCUCCCCACCGUCGUCAUUGCCAACCUGAUGAGCUCCGGCGCGGCGGCCCGGUGCGGCCAACUGAACAUCGGCGAUCAGCUGAUCGCCAUCAACGGACUGAGCCUCGUCGGCCUGCCGCUCUCCACCUGCCAGACGUACAUCAAGAACACCAAAAACCAAACAGUCGUCAAGUUCACAGUGGUGCCCUGCGCCCCCGUUGUCGAGGUGAAGAUCAAGCGGCCAGAGACCAAAUAUCAGCUGGGAUUCAGUGUUCAGAAUGGCGUGAUCUGCAGUCUUCUGCGGGGCGGCAUAGCCGAGCGAGGUGGUGUCCGCGUUGGCCAUCGCAUCAUUGAGAUCAACAACCAGAGCGUGGUGGCAGUGCCCCACGAGAAGAUCGUCAACUUGCUCGCCACAUCAGUGGGGGAGAUACUCAUGAAGACGAUGCCCACAUCCAUGUUCCGCCUGCUCACCGGCCAGGAGAAUCCCAUAUAUAUUUAAGCUCUGGGAAGAGGGGGAAAUGCAAGACGGUAGACGAUAGACGAUAGAUGAUAGAUGAUGAUAUUGUUAACUACAAAACCAUAUGGAAGAUAUUAUGAUAUAUAGUAUAUGUCUGUGUGUGUACGCUUGCAUAUAGAGUGUACAUACAUAUCUGUGUAUGUAUAUGCGUGUAUAGGCUUAGGAAGAUAUGAUUUAGCUUACCUAUAUCUACAUAAUAUAUCUAUUUUUUUUUGUUUGUUAGUAAACUAAACAAAUUUCGAUCGGGGCGACAGCAGCUACUACGACAAAUAAAGAAGGGGAGGCGACACCCGACGACAGCACACAUGGCACAUGGCACAUGGCACAGGGCACAGGACACGCCUUUUUGCAAGCUUAGUAAUAAUAGUCAAUAAAAUGUGGCCCCGAUCGGCGGAGUGACUAAACGUAUAUCCAUAGUGCAUAUAACUACAUAUAUACAUAUAUACGAACACGAUGACCUUUUUGCGAAAACGUCCUUAGCUUAGUUGAACAGCGCCAACAUUAUAGAACAGAAACAGAAAAGAACAGAUCAUCAGAAGAACAGAAAAGAACAGAUUGAAACAGAUCGGAACAGAUCAGAGAGUACUGCAGUUAGCCACCGUUAUACCCGACCCAAUUCCACUACUGUUCUCCCCAGAUAUCUGCCCACUUACAUGCAUAUAUACUAUAUAAAGAACCACUGGAACACUGAAGCACAAGGCAAACAGAGCGAAAACCUUCAAGCUAGUCAGCAGCUAGACAGCAGGCAGUCGGCUGCUCUUCUGAUAUGCAUAUAAAGUAUAUAUAUUCGAUAUAUACGUAUAAUCCACACACUAUAU